AUGGAUCGGGUAACUGCAGGUCUCGAUUUCUGUUUUACUUAUAUUGACGACAUUCUAAUCGCUUCACAGGACGAGAUACAGCACAAGAAACACUUUGAAAUACUAUUCAACAGGUUGCAACAGUAUAGCGUAGCAAUCAACUCGAACAAAUGUGUAUUUGACCAGAAAAAAGUCAAUUUCCUUGGACACACUAUCACCGUCACUGGUAUUAAGCCUGUUCCAGAGAAAGUCCGAGCGAUCACCGAAUUUCCGGAACCAGCUACAGUUAAAGAAUUUCGACGGCAUAAACGAGGCACCGCAAAAAUUAAGUGGACUCCUGAGCUCAGACAAUCCUUCCAACAAGUUAAGGAACAUCUCGCUCAAGUCACCUCGCUUACAUUUCCUGACAGCAAUGCGACAUUCUCGUUACAAACAGACGCCUCUGACAAAGCAAUCGGCGCUGCAUUACAGCAGCGGCACAGCGACGGGAUAUUAGAAGUUCAGAUCAACAGUCGCCAAGAUAAAUCCGCCAACUACUUUUCAUCUUGGAAUUCACAACUGACGUUCGUCACGUCUCAGGUGCUGAGAACAUCGGUAGCAGAUGCAUUAUCUUGCGCCGACACUAUUGUGAUGCCAACCAGCCUCGAUAUGCAAGAAAUCGCAGUAGCUCAAGUCUCAGACGAGGAAUUACAGCAACUAAAACAGUCUACAUCAACCUUUCUGAAGCUCAAAAAGUUUACAUUAUCGGAAACGGCAUCCAUCAUUUACUGUGACACUUCAGAAGAAGAGGUAAGACCGUAUAUUCCAGGACCAUUACGCAGACGAGUUUUCGAUCUGGUAAAUCAAAUGUCUCACCCAAGUGGCAGAGCAACUCACCGGCAAAUCGUGCAGAAAUUCGUGUGGCCCUCCAUGGCUAAGGACAUUAAGAAGUGGGCCCGCACCUGCUUAGCAUGCCAGCAAUCCAAAAUUCAUCGGAACACUCAUACGUCACCCAUCAAUAUACCAAUACCCGUUUCGAAUACGUCCAUAUCGAUAUUGUCGGCCCCUUACCUUCAUCUAAAGGAGGUUACAGCGAAGAUGUUCUUCACCCACUGGAUAGCCAGAUUCGGAGCUUCACGCCUAAUUACAAGCGAUCAAGGUUCGCAAUUUGAAGCACAACUGUUCGACGUACUGACUAAGCUCGUCAGUUCGAAGCGUUGUCGAACAAUUGCGUAUCAUCUUGAAGCUAAUGGGAUCAUCGAGCGAUGGCAUCGUUCUUUAAAAAUUGCAUUAAUGUUCCAUGGUGAAGCUCAAUGGACGGAUGCAUUGCCAGUACAUACUGCUUGGUCUGAGAACUUGCUUUAA